GAGGGACGGACGGGGAGGUUGCUGAGGAGCGCGGGAGCGAUGUCCAUCAUUCGCCAGGAGAGCAGCGGAGGCGCCGAGAGCCGCCGGCGCUGAGCAGCCUUCGCCCGGAACCCUCUCCGUCGCCCGCAGGGAUGCCAUCGGCCGGCUUGGAGAUCGUGGGCCUGGGACUGUGCGUCCUGGGCUGGCUCGGGGUGAUGCUGGCGUGUGGGCUGCCCAUGUGGAAAGUCACGGCUUUCAUCGAGAGCAAUAUCGUGGUGGCUCAGACCGUCUGGGAAGGGCUGUGGAUGAACUGCGUGGUGCAGAGUACGGGCCAGAUGCAGUGCAAAGUCUACAACUCGCUGCUCGCCCUGGAGCAGGAUCAACAGGCCGCCCGGGCGCUGACAGUCAUCGCCUCCAUCCUGGGCCUCAUCGGUUUACUGGUCACUAUCCUGGGCGCGCAAUGCACCAACUGCACCGAGGGAAUCACGACCAAAGCCCGGAUUGUCAUCAGCGGCGGGGCUAUCUUCAUCGUGGCCGGCCUGCUCGCCCUCAUUCCGGUCUGCUGGAUGGCCAACACCAUCGUCCGAGAUUUCUACGACCCGGUCGUGCCGGUCUCCAAGAAGCGGGAGAUGGGGGCCGCCCUCUACGUUGGCUGGACGGCCAGCGCUCUCCUCUUCAUCGGGGGCUCGCUGCUCUGUUGCUCCUGCCCCCCGAAGCAAGACCAGUCGUCGUUCGCCGUCAAGUACACGGCCCCCAGGAGAGCGUCGGCGAACGGGGACUACGACAAGAGGAAUUAUGUGUGAAAACGCCGAUGACCUGGGGAGACCAGAAUUGGACAACCUGAGCUCCCAACCUGAUUCCUUACUCCUGCUGAUUUCAAGCAGUCUUUUUUUUUUAUUUAAUGGAUUUGUAUUGUAAACGAGAGAGAGAGAAAAAAAAACAAAAACUGGUAUUCUUUAUGCAUCUGCAGCUUUGGUUUAAUCUUUGGAGACGCGCACCACCCCCCCACCCCCACACCCCGAGAGACUUUGCAACAAGUUAGAUGUUAAAAACAGACCUCGGAGCGGUGGCUUGGACUUUGUACGGUUUGAUUUGCAAAUGGGGCUAUCUGUCGGCAAUUCUUGAGUGAAAAGUGCGAGCGAGCGUCUGCCCUCCCUAGGUUCCGGACCGAUUUCUGGGCUGGCGUUGGCGAGGGGGCGCGGGGGAAGCGGGGUGCAAGGUGCGGGGUUUAGGCUGGAUUCAUGCGCACGUUUCGAUGUGGAAAGGGACAGAAUGCGUCUCCGUCACCGCCUUUAGCUAUCGGUCAUCACAACUUCAACCCAAACUGGUCUCCCAUUCCGCCCUCCCCUUCACACUCCAACCAUUCGAAGUGUAAGAGAUCUGUCUCUGAUUGCCAAACCUGGUUGUACUCAGUCCGUACUGUCCGCUGGUGGCAGAGUGCAUUUAGGCUCAUCAUUCAUCACGAGACAGAUUUCGACGCAGAGUGAGCUCGCUAUCUGGUCUAUGCGGCUGCUUGGUGUCCGAUUGUCCCGGUUAGAGUUCGCAAUUCAAUUCCUAGGCGAUCCAUUCCACCGACCCUUCUCUUUGCCUCCUCGGAGCCAGGCUGCUGUUCAGUUUCACAGACUCACUUCCCUUCCCAUAUGUGAUUCCUUUUUUCAGAGACCCGUCUGUCGGCUGGGGGUCAAACCGGAGGGAGCUCUCUCUGCAGACGGAGAGAGAAUGGGCGAUGGAGACAAAACUCGAGAUGUAGUCAGUCGUGGUGCAUGAACAGUAUUAAUGCAGACAGUAUUAUGCAUUGAGCGACAUUUGUGCACUGUGGCACAUGCAGAAUAUGUUGAGGAUGUGACAAAUUUCCAAGGCAGUGAAUGUGGUGGAGAGAGUCAUUAUCGCUGGUUCAUACUGGGACUGUACUCAGUCCGUACUGUCCGCUGGUGGCUGUGGUCAUCAUUGAGUGAGAGAUGAAUAAAUGGUGAUAGUUGGAGGAAUUUUAAUGUCGCGAUUAAUAACCUUUUUUUUCGUAAUCAAGUGAUGCUAUUACACACCUCUAGAGCGGGGGAGGGGCGGGGCUUGAUCCUGGGCCUUCUGGUCUAGAGCUUGGGACAUUGCCACCGCGCCACGUCGAGACGUUUUCCAGUUUUCUAAAGGUUCCGGCCACCCCCGUCCCAAUAAUGAUCGCUUACACUGUUUCUGCGAGCUGGAGGCUGAGAAGGCGCUGCAAUGGUCCUCAUUCUACUCGAUUAGGCUCCCAACAUCUACGCGAGCCACCCUCCGGCGGUCUUUGAUUCAGCUUCAGACAAUUGCCAGCAGAAGUGCCCCAGAGAGUGGCUCGCCCGGGGGACUGUCGCCACGGUUAGCAGCGACACCGCUUCUCACUGGGGAAGCCCCGGAACCGGCUCAGUCCAGCCCCACCAGCUUCUCAUCCAAACCCCGAGUCCCAGCGGCACCUGAGUGACCCGCUACCGAGAUAUCCCAUCCCCCUGCAUCUACCCGGCUUUGGGUUCGUUCGGAGUUUCCCAUCUGAGACUCGGGGCUUCAUUUCAACGUCGGGUGCAAAGCGGAAGAUGCAGAAUCCGCAGCCAAAUACAACAGCGCCCAAAUUUUGUCCUCGCAGCAAUGAAUGAGAAAGAAAGUACACGAGACGAGCCAAUUCUUUUUCGCUCGUUGUACUGCGCCACCCCAAAAUUAAAUACAGCCAUUUAAGUGGUUUAACAUUAAUAAUGCAAUUUCUAUAUGACACAAGGCAUCCCUACCUGUCCCGGCAAACCGCUCCAAAUCCACUUUCCCAAGUGCGGUUGCAGUUUGCCUGCCGCCAAUCCUCGUACUCAAUUAAAUUAUUCCAAUAAAAGCUGAGAGAAAAUCAGACACAAAAACAGACGUUGCUGGAAAAGCUCAGCAGGUCUGGCAGCAUCUUCGGAGAGAAAUCAGAAUUAACGUUUCAGGGCCAUUGACCCUCCUCAGAACAUAUCUGAAUAAUUUAUUCAAAUAAAGUCCUACAUUGCCCACCUAAACCAGGCGGUAACAAAUACCCUCCAACAAAUUUUUUUUAUCAUAUCUGUCUUACAUUAUCCCUUACUCCCAACUGAGUUGCCAUUAUUUCAGUAGCAGGAUGGUCCAUUUAUGCAGGGCACUAAGAGUCAUGAAAUUAUUGCCGUCUCUCCACCGUUAGGCAUGUUUAACCGAGUAAUGUAAUCUUCCUCAGGGAAACUUGAGGAGAACAAGUCAACGACAAAUGAAGUAAAUUUGCGCUGUCCUAACCCAUUAGAAUGCUUGAGGCGCCGCGGUCGUGUCCCUACUUCUGAGCCAGGAGAUGGGUCCUCAAGUCCCUCCUGCCCCAGAGCUGUAUCAUCUCAUGGUUAAGUAAGUUGAUCCAAAAUAAUUCUCCUAGCCGCUGAGGUUCUGCUGCAGAGUGCGUUUCUGGAUUGCGCUCCCAGGCUGGUCGUAAAUUCCAUCCCACAAGCCGAAAUUCUGUUGCUGCAGGUCGCCUGUACUGUGUGGGAGUGUUGGCCAGGCUGGAAAAAUAAACCAAACCUGCUGGUGUGAACCUUUGCUUUAUUUUAUAUAUAGAUGGAAUAUUUGUGCUUCUACAUUUUUCAUCAUGUGGACAUGGGAAUGGGGACUUGAAAAAGAUGUUCACCCUCUACGUUUUCCUUCCUAAUAAAGUGACAGAAUUGAUCCUGGGCCAAUGAAUUCAUGUCACUUCGAAGGUAGGGUUCCAACCUUGAGCAGGACUUUGUCAUACUGAGUUGUAAACGUUUAAAAUGACCUGUAUGCACCUUGAAGUUGCCCAGUCAGAUGCUUCACUAAACCCAACGAUAACAACUUUACACUGCCUUAUAGCAACAUGGCUAAUAAUUAAGUGCAACCCUCUGCCUUCACCGUUUGCACUUUGCUAAUGGACGCUGAUCGACUAAUGUACAGGUUCGAUGUUUUCUAUAUCACUGUGUACAAUUUCACAAUAUAUACAUUAAAACAAAUCACUGCUAUUCCUUAGCCUGUCUGCUUAGUUUGUUGAGAAAUCACUGAACGCCUUUCAUCUCCCCGUCAAAACUGUUCCCUGCUCAUAGCCCUGUCGUUUGGAAAGGUUGAGACGGAAGCAGUUUUGACAAUAUCGUCGAGACAGGAGAUUGUUACAUUUUCUCUUUAGUCUCAUAGAGUCAGACAUCAUGAAAACAGACCCUUCGGUCCAGCUAGUCCACACCGACCAUGUUUCCAAACUAAACUAGUCCCACUUGCCUGGGUUUGGCACAUGUCCUUCAAUCCUUUCCUAUUCAUGUACUUAUCCAAACGUCCCUUUAAAUGCCGUGACUGUACCCACAUCCGUCACUUCUUCUGGCAGUUCGUUCAACACACGAACCAUUCUCUACGCCCACCACGUCCUUUUUCAAACUUUCUCCUCUCACCUUAAAAAGUAUGCCCUCUAGUUUUGAAAUACCCCAACCUAGGGAAAGACUCUCGCUAUCCAACUUGUCUAUGUCUCUCAUGACGUUAUAAACCUCUGUAAGAUCACCACUCAAAAUGCAAUGCAGCAGUGAAAAAAGUCACAGCCUUUGUAACUCAAACCCUCCCUUCGCAGCAACAUACUGGCAAAUCUUUUCUGGACACUCUCCAAGUUUAUAAUAUCCUUCCUAUAGCAGGGCGACCAGAACUUCACACAGUGCUCCAACGUCCUAUGCAACGGCAAUACGACGUCCCAACUCCUAUACUCAAACGUCUGAGCAAUGAAGACAAGCGUGCUAAAUACCUUCUGCUAACCUGUGAAGCAAACUUCAAAGAAUUAUGUACCUGAGCCCUUAUGCCUCUGUAAUCUACAGCACUACCCAUGAAUUGUAUAAGUCCUGCCCUUGUUUGUUUUGCCAAAAUGCUGUAUCUCGCAUUUAUCCAAAUUAAACCCCAUCUACCACUAACCCAAGUGAUCACGAUCGCCUUAUGAUCUUUGAUAACCUCAUUCACUGUCCACUAUGCCACCAAUUUUGAUGUCAUCUGCAAAUUUCCUGCCAUUCCUUCUAUAUUCUUAUCCGAAACGUUUAUGCAAAUGACAAACAAAGGUGGACCCUGUACCGAACUCCAGUGUGACGUGAAACCAACAUCACCCCUGAAAGAACGUCGAUACGGUUUGCUUCCUGUCAAGCUUGUUUUGUUACUGUGCUGAAGGGUGCUUACCAAAUGGGUUAAUACGUUUCAUUCAGUUAAUUACUUUGGCCGGAAGGAAUCAUUUCUGAUGUUUUACGUGUCUCGUAAAAACUUGCAGAUUACCUCUGCCCCUAGUUCACAUCGGGGCAUUAAAGGACGUGGGGAAUUCUGCUCCUAGGAUAACAUAAGGCUGAUCAAUUUCCAGUUGUCGCCUUCAAAAGCAUCCUACGUCCUACCGAAUUAGUCUUCUUCAGCAAAGUGCCAACCUUUUUUUUUAAAUAUUACUGUCGGCUCAUCUUUCUCUCAAUUGCUUUUGUCGCUCGGUAGUUGCAAAAUUAUGUCAUUAAAAAGCGCCCAAUGAGUGUGAACACGUACUCUAAUAAAAUGCUUCAAUAUAUUA